CUUCACCAUGAAGUUAGGAAAGACUAAAGGAGGUAUUUCUCGGAGUUCAAACCAAGGAAAAGGCUAUGAGAACCCACGCAAAACAGCGCGGCAGCGUCAAAAAUGGGGAGUGACAGCUCGGUUUGACUCAAGUUUGAGUAGGCUGAGAAGAAACUUGGUUGAGAAACCUUAUAAAUGUAUUGAAUGUGAGAAGAGUUUCAGUCAAAGUUCAACUCUUUUUCAGCACCAGAAAAUCCAUACUGGAAAGAAAUCUCAUAAAUGUGCUGAUUGUGGAAAAAGUUUUUUUCAGAGUUCUAAUCUCAUUCAGCAUCAACGGAUCCAUACAGGAGAAAAGCCCUAUAAAUGUGAUGAGUGUGGAGAAAGGUUUAAACAGAGCUCAAAUCUCAUUCAGCACCAAAGAAUUCAUACUGGAGAAAAACCCUAUCAGUGUGAUGAAUGUGGCCGAUGUUUCAGCCAGAGUUCCCACCUUAUUCAACAUCAGAGAACACACACAGGGGAGAAGCCCUAUCAGUGCAGUGAAUGUGGCAAAUGUUUCAGCCAGAGCUCUCAUCUCAGGCAGCACAUGAAGGUGCACAAAGAAGAGAAACCACGUAAAACCCGGAGCAAAAAUAUCAGAUCAAAACCUCACUUAGUAUCACCUUGGAAAGCUGGUUCUGGAAGGAAGUCAGUGGCUCGUCUCCGAUAAACAAAGGACACUGCUUUAGCUCUCUUAU